AUGGAAUCAAACAACAAUUCAACAGAAUAUACGACAUUUGAGAGGAUUCUCUCGCUAACGACUGCAAACCUCGCAAUCGCUGAUUUGUUGACAGGACUUGUUGUGGACCCAUUGUAUGCUGUCUACAAUUUUGGUAUUUAUCAAAACAAAUAUUACUCGAAAACACUAGAAAUUGGUGAUUACGGCUCUUAUAUAACAGUCAACAACGCUAUAGUCACAAUAGUAAUACUCAUCAUCGACCGAAGUGUGGCUAUUAAAAAACCUUUCUUGUAUCGUCGAGUUAUGACACUAAAUUCAGCUGCAAUAAUUGUGGCCAUUUCGUGGAUUUACUCCGGAUUUUUCUCCACGUUCCGCCUCAUGGGAAUGUCUGACGAAACGUAUAUCUUACUGGAUACACAUCUACAUGUCACUUUCUCAUUUCUCUCAUUGACUCUCUUAUUUGCUUUCAUAUACUCCAACUUGAAGACACAGAAAAGACGGAGACUCAAAGAAGUCACAUCUAUGGAAAAUAUAGACAACACAACUAGAGAAAAACUUCAGGAAAUCAAAUCUGACAAGCGGCUUUUGGUGACAAUAUUCUUCAUUUUAUCUCUCUUUUUUCUAACAUAUUCGCCUUAUGCUGUUUUCAUUCAUUUGGAAUUUUUCUGCACAUCAUGCAGUAAAUCCAAGUUCUAUUAUUUCUUGAGCAAAACAUCUGAGCCCGUAGUGUAUCUGAACAGCGUUCUCAAUCCAUUUAUCUAUGCGUGGCGACACAAGAACUUUCGCAAGGCUCUGGGAUGGGUCGUGAAGUGUCGUGGACGAAAGAGGACGAACGUUCGAGAAUAUGGAACAAAUCGUGAAACCAACACAGCUGAGGAACCAGUGGUGUCCUGAGCACGGAUGAGUCGAACGUAUAGGUAGUCCAUACAAAGUACGUGUGUGCUAUUUCAUAUUACGCGGUGAACGCACGCAAGUGAUAACCACUCAUGGGUAGGCUACCUAACCGAAGGCACACAGAUAAAGCGAAUGGUGAAUGUCAGGAGACGUCAAAAUUCCCCACAAACUUUGAAUUGUUCAAUUCGUAUAACCCGGCUUUUGUGUACAAAUACGAUCGACAUACUAUAUAUGCCUAAUAUAUUUUCAAGAGUUGUAAUAACAUUGUAUUUUUCCACCAAAGAUGGUAAAUAAAUUAUAUUAAUAUGAUUACUAAAGAAACCAAAUACACUCAUAAAGGAUUGUCAUGCAUCAUUUCUCAGUAUGCAGUUCAUUGAAUAAUUGAAGAUUGAGUUUCUAUGUUUAG